AUGUUGCCCUCAGUAGCACCGUUUCCUCCCGUUCAACCACAUAACCACAAUCACUAUCACGGUGUCGGCCCCGUUGAUGUUCCUUACGACUCUAAUGCUAUCAGCUUUCCUGCGACGGUUCACCGAAAUGAUGUCACCCAGAACACGUCCUACCAAUCAAUUCCUCGAACUCGAUUCCAGUAUCAUCCGAUUCAGCGUCCCGACGCCCAUGAUGCCGCGGGCCCGAUUCUCAGCUCCAAGCAUGUCGGUGAACAUACGUUGAGGAGGAAAACACCCAAUGGUACUCUUGCUGCGGGCUAUGAUGGAACUCCAGGAGACACAACGAUCCAGCCUCCAGCGACCAAACAUAUUCUUGUGUCGCAGCUAGAGCCAGGGCAGAUGGUAGCUCCUCAGACAGGCUUUUCCAUAGACGCUUGGGGACAACCUUCACUGGACCAAUCUUCAUCCACAAAACAUCUGAACUUCCCACCCGUGUACAAGAGCGACUCGACCCGUGCGAAUACAGUUCCUGGAGACAUGCUUCAAGGGCCAAAUGGAGCAAGUUGGAUUCGUUCUUUGAACUACAUGCCCGGGGUUGACUCGAUGCUCAAUCAAUCGCAGCCAAUGCAGCCCCCCCAACAGCGAUUCUACUGGCAUAACGGCCCUUACGUUCCUACAGUUUUACCGGCCACUCUCCAGUCGUGCAUUGGACCCACUGCAUCGGCAGGCACUGGGCCAUAUGGGCCGUACUGGCCCGAUGGAGUUUAUAUUCCGUAUCGCCCAGCAGCCUUUAAAGAACCGCGGUUUAGUACACCGACUCCGUUCUCCAAACAGCCAACCCUUUCCAAUCCCCAGUUCUUUGAUGCAGGGCAGCAGUCAUUCAGCCAGAACUCCAUACCGCCCAACAGUCAUGCUGAUCUUGGUUUGUCUUGGAAUCCAGUUCCACCAGGUAUGCUCAAUCAUGACAUACCAGUGAAGAAUAAUUUUCCUCCUCGGCAUUCGGAUCACAAACUCCUUGAUUCUUCUCAGCGUAUUCUCCCAUUCCACACUCGUCAAAACACUACCAGUUCGGGAUACUCAUCACGGCCGCCUGGUCAUGAACCCAUCACAUCAUGGCAAGGCAGCUCGGGUGGGCAGGGUUUCCAAAACAUAGACUCCGCUAUCAAAUCACAUGCAGUGAAUGCUGAAUUUAAAGAGAAGGUACUAACAACGGCUCACGCUGUUUAUGUCGAUCUCCUGGCGUCUAUCCACCAAGCUCGACGGAAUAGUAUGUCUACGGCUAGUGGUGAUGCCCAAAACCAUCGAUUUUUAAAACCAAGCAUUUAUCCCAAGCCGCCACGUCAACCUGGACUAGAUUUCUCUCAUACGAAUGUACCUGAGUCUGUCCGUCAUAACAGCUAUCCCUCGAGCCAAUACGACCUUCAUCCUCUGCCAAAGGCCAAUAUCACAAACAAUCUGGGGAGUAAUGCCCCGUCCAAUAUCCAGGCACAUCGACAACUUAAACGCCCUUCACUCUCUCAUUUCCAACAGCAAGCAACGUCUGAUAAUCAGAUGUUGGAUAGACUACGCCGCACGGGAAGAUUCACGGCGUCUUCUAUAUCUCUCUAUCCACCUGCAGCUGCGCCUUUCAACAGCGAGAAUCCCACGGCAAAUGCUGCAUAUUUUCUAGAAAUCCUAUCUCAUCUUUGCAUAGAAAGCGGCUGGGAGUGGAUUGAUGGGAUGCUUCUUGGAGGCUGUCUUGCUUAUGGACUUGGUGAUUAUAAUAGGGCUAUGAGAUGGUAUUCCAGAAUCAUAGCCAGGGAUAGCACACAUGUGGAGGCAAUAUCGAAUCUAGCUGCUACGCUUUUGGCAUUAGAUCGUCGGGACGAGGCGUUACAACAUUGGCUCCGCGCGGUCAAGCUGCGCCCCAGCUUUUUCGAGGCUGUAGAACACCUCAUUGGCCUGCUAUGCAGUAGUCACCGGGGGAAAGAGGCCGUCAACAUCAUCGAGUUUGUUCAGAAUUCGCUGCGGGUUUCCAAGAACGGAGAUUGUUUCACGGCCGACGAACAUUCCAGCGAGACUGAAAGCGACGCCGGCAGCAGAGCAUCAAGUACGUCGGACUUGGGUUCGUAUGAAAAGGCGUCAUUUGAGUACGAUGAUGAUUUUGGCCAUUCAACUUCUACUACUUAUCGCUCAGCAGAAGCUAGACCUGCUGGGUUUGGCUCGAGUGGUUAUGCAAUACCUGGCUGCGACAACGGUAGAAUGCUUGCUCUUGUUCAUGCGAAAGGCAAUAUGCUUUAUGCACUAGGAGAUAACGCAGGAGCUGCAGCAGCUUUCGAGGAUGCAAUUCUAGUUUCUGCUGGGAGAAGACGACACGGCAUCCAAAGCCUCAUCAAACAAAUCUUUGCCGCGUUCUCUCAUGAUGCCCCGCAUGAUUUCUCGACACCAGAGCAGCACAACUUAAACGAGACUGUCCUUUUGUAUCCUGACAAGGCCUUGCAGACUUCGAAACUGGUUUUUGUUCCUUGCGGAACGCCUCCUGGUAUUUUGUAUGUUGCAGAAGGCUUGGCGAGGAAGGCAGCUAUAUCGACCACGAGUAACUGUUUGCUCUCAUUGGCGAAGAUUUAUCAAGACGGCAUGUCUAAUAUCUCUACCUCAGGUGUCCCGAGGACAGCACCGGGCGUUCGGGAUAUCUUGGCCCUUUACUACCUGUCUCUUUCUCUUCAACCGAGUCCAUCCACUGCAAAUAACGUGGGGAUCUUGCUGGCUGGUAUCCAGAACAGUGCAUCCAAGAAAGGAUUUUCUCGAACAAGUGGGGAGAUGCAGCACCCCGAGAUACCCGGGGUGGUUCCUGGCAGCGGCAUUUCGUUGGCAUUGGCAUACUACAACUAUGGUCUCCAUCUAGACUCGCGUCAUGCCCAUCUUUAUACGAAUCUUGGUAGCCUGCUCAAGGAUAUCGGUCAACUUCAGGCCGCCAUUCGAAUGUAUGAACAGGCUGUUCAGUGUGACGGUAAUUUCGACAUUGCCCUAGCCAAUUUGGCGAAUGCCGUCAAGGAUGCCGGUCGUGUCAAUGAUGCUAUUGCAUACUAUAAGCGUGCAGUCAAGGUCAAUCCCGAAUUUGCUGAAGCGGUCUGCGGACUGGCGAAUGCUUUGAAUUCUGUUUGCAACUGGGUUGGCCGAGGUGGGAUUGUCAACGGCUACGGCUUCCGCGACCGGUGGCAUGUCGAUGAGCAAGGAAUGCUUCGUGAUGCUUACAGUACCGAAACAGGCACUGGUUGGAUCAAGCGCGUGGUUGAUAUUGUCAACCGGCAGCUCGGGGAAGGCGAAUCAUGGGGUCGCGGCUUGUUAAACUCCAGCACGAUCGCGCAAUUGUGUGCGCAACUGACCCGCGCAAUGGAAAGCCGGCGGUUUGGGCCUGAUGCUCUGACUUCUGUCCUCAACGCAUGGGUCGGGCAGAGAUGGGAAGGUUCAAGGGUUGUCAAGCUGGUGGAGCGCGCUACAAGAUCAAUCACUUGGCAAUGGUACCAAGAUUUAUAUAUUUAUAACAAGGAAUACCCUGUGACCAAGUAUCGGCGUCCGCAACUUCCACCGGGCUUAACGACGCCUAAUGCUCCCACCGUCCUACCUUUCCACACGUUCACCUGCCCGCUCUCUGCGAAACAGAUUCGGCAGAUCUCGCAGCGAAAUGGACUUCGUAUAUCCACUUCGACCCUGCGUUCCCCAUGGCUACCGGCUACAGUGUACCCACCCCCGCCGCCUCCGAAUCCAUAUCUUAGGGUUGGGUAUGUUUCGUCCGACUUCAAUAACCACCCUCUUGCCCACUUGAUGCAGUCUGUGUUUGGACUGCACAAUCCUUCCAGAGUUAGAGCUUAUUGUUAUGCCACCACUGCGAGUGACAAAUCAAUCCACCGCCAGCAGAUAGAGAGAGAGGCACCGGUGUUCUAUGAUGCCAGUGCAUGGUCCAUUGACCGACUAGUCAAGCAGAUAGUUGCAGAUGGAAUCCACAUUCUCAUUAACCUGAAUGGAUACACUCGAGGCGCCCGGAAUGAGGUUUUCGCAGCACGCCCGGCCCCAAUACACAUGUCUUUUAUGGGCUUUGCCGGGACUCUGGGCGCGGAAUGGUGCGACUAUAUCCUUGCUGAUACUGUUUCAAUACCGCCUGAAACGCUCUCUCCCGGUCGACGCAAUGUACGGAUUGAAGACCGACUCCUGGAGGAGGAUCAUGGAGAGGACUUUGAAGAUUGGGUGUAUGGAGAAAAGAUCGUUUUCACACGUUCUACAUUCUUUUGCUGCGACCAUCGACAGAGUGCUCCUGACGCUCAAGAAAAUCAUACCUCUUGGACUCAGGAGCAAGAGAAAAGAUGGCGCAUGCGGAAGGAGCUAUUUCCCAAGCUCAGUGAUGAUGCAAUCAUACUGGGAAAUUUCAACCAGUUAUACAAGAUCGAGCCCACGACCUUCCGUACCUGGCUUCGUAUACUCGCAGGUGUCCCGAACGCUGUUCUCUGGCUCCUUCGUUUCCCGGAUCUUGGUGAACAGAAUCUCAAAGAAACGGCCAUUGCUUGGGCUGGAGAGGAGACAGCAGCGCGGAUCAUUUUUACUGACGUUGCCCCUAAGAACACUCAUAUCUCGCGAGCCAAGAUCCUAGAUUUAUUCCUCGAUACCCCCGAAUGCAACGCGCAUACCACAGCGACGGAUGUCUUGUGGAGUGGGACCCCGAUCCUGACACUCCCUCGCUACAAGUAUAAAAUGUGCUCUCGAAUGGCCAGCAGCAUUCUAAGCAGUGCACUGCCGAACUCUGAUGAUGGUCAAAAAGCUCUGGAGGAGUUAAUUGCCACAUCAGACGAUGAUUACGAAAGCAAAGCGAUUCGUUUAUGCCGGGACUUGCAAUACGAGUCUCACGGAGAGGGCCGAGCACGAGGUAGAUUGUCGGACAUCCGCAAGAUGCUAUUCCACGGAAGGUGGGCUAAUAGGCUUUUUGACACCAAGCGCUGGGUUCAAGACUUAGAAGAUGCCUAUGAACAAGUUUGGAAAGGUUGGGUGAAUGGCGAAGAGGGUGACAUAUGGUUAUGA